CCCGGCCCGGGCUCCGCAGCCGCGUCACAGUUGGGGGCGGGAGCCCUUGAGCGCCCCGCUCCCCCCACACCGCGCCGCCGGGGGCGUCCGAGCAGCCCGCGCGGGGUCCCCGGCUUUGCCAAGGGGGCGCUGGGCCGAGCCUCCCCGGGGCCCGCUCCCCCAUCCCGCCGCGGGCUCUGCGCGGCUCCUCCCGGCCGAGGGGCACUGCUGGCCGCCGCCCCGCCCCGCCCGUGGGCCGGGCAGGGCAGGGCCGGAGCUCCGGGAAGAGGUGGGACCCAGGAGCUGCACGCAGAUCCCGGAGCCGCGGCGGGAGAGCAGGGACCCGCCCGGGCUCGGAGCCCGCGCACUGUGAGCGGAGCCCACCCGCUCCCCGGUCAACACCAGCGCCCCGACCCCGGCCAUGCCGCGCCCCGGCCCCGCGCUGCUCCUCUGCCUGCUGCUGCUGAGCCUGCCCGAGCCCGCUGCCGCAGAAUCUCUGCUCCAGUUACCAACACCACAGAAUGUGACAAUUUACUCAUAUAAUUAUCAGAAUUUAUUGACAUGGGCUCCUGUUAAAGUGGACAAUGGCUCAGUGUUAUAUACGGUCCAGUAUAGUACAGUGGCCUAUAAGUGUUGGGAAGAAAUUAACUGCACAAACAUUACGAAGACUGAAUGUAAUUUCACAAAUCCAGAUAUCAAAAGCAUUUGGACAAUUACUUUACGUGUUAGGGCUGAGCUAGGACAAGUGAAAUCUGACUGGGUGGAAACAAACACAUUUGUAGCAGACCAAAACACUACUAUAGGGCCUCCUGUUAUAGUAAAUGUGGAUUCAACGCAUGAUUCACUUUUCCUUAACUUCUUGCACACUGUAAAAGAAGAUACUUUACAAUAUCUUGUGCGCUACUGGGAGGAAUCAACAAAUAAACAACAUGAAACAGAAUGGACCAAGAAUACCCGAAUUGGACUUCUGAAUCUAAAGCAACUGACAAUGUAUUGUUUUCAAAUACGAGCAAAAGUCAACGUAUUGGAUGACAACAUUGGACCAUUAAGCGAAACAAAUUGUCACAAAACUGCAGCUAGUGAUGCAAUGAGAGCUGGAUUUGUAGUAGUAAUAUUUGUUGCAGCCACAGUUACUGUGGUGAUCUUAGCAAUUGUCUGCUUCCUUUUUAUUCAGAAAUUUCAUCAAGUUGUUAAAUAUUGGUUUCAACCUCCUUUUAAAAUUCCACCACAUAUUGAAGAGUAUUUAGAAGAUCCUGAAAUGCCUGUUUUAGAAGAAUUGCAGAAUAAUUGUGCUGAGGAAGAUCCCUGGGACUCCUUGUCAGUUGUUUCCAAUGCAGCAGGAAGUCAAGCCCUAAUAAGAGACACUCUGAACACAAAUGUGCAUUCAGACAGCAGAUCCAUUGAAAGUGAAAAAACUUAAUUACAUUGUGGUAGAAGCACUGUACCAGCAUCAUUGUCUUGAUGCUCUAGAAAGAUGAUAGUGUCACUAUCAACAAACCACGUUGUGGGAGUCUUGACUUCCUGAGAACAUUGUGUAACCUUGGGUGACGUUUUUUUUUAAUGGUUUCUACUGCACUUCACCAUAUGAAGUACCUUCUCCAGGAGAGACUUUUUAAAAACAGAUUUGAAUAUGAACUGGAAAUGAACACUAAAAGGGCAGGAAAAGGACAACAUGACUGGAGUAAAAUGGCUGCAUUUGCAUUAACAUCUUUGCAGAAAAGACUGCACGAUUACUAUGAACAUUGUUAAGUUUGUCUGGGUUCUAACAAAUCUUAGUGGACUGUAGCACUUUAUGGUAGGAUAUGGUACUAGAAAAGAUUUUUCAGUGAAUUAGCGGAUUAUCUCACCAUGACUGUGUAUUGGUCUUGGCCCAUCAGUACUUGUAUAUAAAGUCUGUCCCUUCACACACAGUAAGUUAGCACUUAGAAAAUUACACUUCAGCUUUUACAUAUGUGAAAAAUUGCUCUGUGGGCAUGGUGCUCUAUGUCUGAUGGAAGUAGCCUGUUUUCAGGUGUCCAUUUUAAGUAUCCCCCCCCUUUCUUUUUUUUGUAAAAAAAGAAAAGAAAGUAAGUUCCAGUUAAAAAAACCAAAAGAUUUAUAUGAGCUGAAGAGAAACCAGCACAUAAUUCGCUCCCAGUUAAGGAACCGUCAUGGAAGGAGUGCUUACAGGGACAGACAGGUUCGAUCAUUUCUCCCCGGAGUCUUCGGAUGCUUGCACAACAAUGGCAUUAAUUUCUUCUAGGACUGCAGUGUGGAGACGCACUCUCUGUAGGCAUCACAUCCUUUACCAUGAAAUGAAAUCCUAAAGCUUGUAUCAGACACUAAAAUAUAAUAGGUUUGGCUACCUGAAGAGCCCUUCCUACAGUCAUUCAACUGAACUUGUCAGGUUUUGAUGCAAAAGAACCAAACCUUCCUGUGUAGUCAGAGAACACAUGGGCAAGAUGUGUCAAAGAUAGGGUUUACCCACAACUAGUAGACACUAAGAACAAAGCCAUGGUUCCCUCACCUGCUCAAGCAAGUUGUGACUGCUAGUGAAGACAAGACCCAGGAUGUGGAGUGUGGCUAUUUGGGGAAUGAAGCAUCUGGAAAUUCUUUACACCACUUUAUUGUAUACAUGAAAAUCUUGCUGUUAAAAACCCUAUAAUGUGUACUGAAAUAUUAUUUGUAUUGCUAAUUAAUAGAAAAUUUAAAUAUG